AUCUCCUCCCAUUAUUAUCGGUAUCCCAAAAAAAUAACUGCUGAGUAGCUUGACAGUUCACAGCUAAUUCCAAACCUAUCGCCCAAAACCAUCCCCAGCAGAAGAAGCGAAGUCAUCUUGCGAGGUGCAGCCACCGUGCACAGAGUAUGUGUGAACCUGUUGCAUUCCUAUAGUUUGGGAUGGCAGAAGAGGGAGGAACAGUCACUAAGGAAUGCGAAGAGAACCAGAUACAGAAAAUUGAGGCUGAUAAGAGCAUGGCCCCUUGGGAGCAACACUCAGCUGUGAUAAGCCUCCCUCGCUUUGACUAUGCUGCUCCGUCUUCAAUUCUCCAGCAUUCUCAUUGUGGCUUUCUUGUCACUUGUACUAUCAGGAGGGAGAAAAGUGCUACUAAGGAAGUGUUGUCUAUCCUUGGAAAGAAAGCCACUUUUCCACAUUUGGGCCUAUGUGAUUGUAAACGGAUUAUACAGUGCUAUCAACUGUCACACUGUUAUGUUGAUCCCUUUAAAAAUGGAGGUUAUAAUGGUUCGGACAGCCAUGAGAAAAAUAGCACUGUGAAGAGAAGGAGGAUGUGCGCUGAAGAUAUUGGCAGAGAAUGUUUAGACUUGGAAGCAACUGACUCUGUCAUUGUUAAAUCUGCGGAAGUGAUGACAGGUAAACUUUCAGACGAAACUCACUCAACUCCUACACAAGCAGAGACAAGCACUAGUGGAGCUUUUGAUCUUUCAUUAGUUAAGCUGACAAGGAGUGGGUUACUUCUUUUUACCUUCCCAAGGAAUGCUUUGGUUGACACUGUUGACAUUGUGUCAAAUAUCAUUCAAUCUUUGGGGUCUGGUAGUGUAAGUUCACCAAACUGGUGCCAUCGUAUGUUUCCAAUUCAAGCUACCUGUCGUUUGAAUGAAAAGGAACUGCAAGAAGUUGUAUCAACACUAGUUAAAAAAUUUGUGGCCAAUAAACAAAACCAUCUUGGACAACCUCUAAAGGUACAAUUUUCCUGA